CAAACUCAUUUCUAUGGCAACACAGUUGUCAAUUUUGUAAACAAUAAUUUUCGAACGUGUGUUGCCAAGAGACAUCUAACCGACGUUCUAUGGAACGUUUUCUGUGCGAAAACAACUUCCGUUUGCUGCUGACAACAAACUUGUUUGAUUUUUGACACCUGAGAUAGAACAAUCGACUGGAAAAUGCCUGGGUGCUUUUCAAGACUGGCGGAGAGAGUGCGUGGACGUCGGCGGCCUACUGCGUCGACAGGUUGUUCAAAUUCAUUUGUGGCUUGUUUUUCUUGUCUUUUUCUGUUUUGCAGGGUUCGUGAUUGUCGACAGGUGGACAGCGACUUCGAAGAGGAAACAACUGUCCUGGAUGAGGUCCAGUUGGAUGUGCCAUUGGAUGAUGUGCCAGAUGUUCCACAGCUGCCAGUCCUCCUUGAUGUCCAGAAUGCUGCUAUCAUCCUUGAGGAUGUGCCAGAUGUGCAGACAAUCCUUGAGGAGGCCACUGGCAAUUGGCAGUUGAUUCCGAUUAGCUUCAGCCCCCUGUACUGUGGGCCUGUUGUGAUCAGGAACAAUGCCAGUCCGGUGGUUAAAGCUUGGAGAACUUUCCAGUUCAUCAGCCCCAUCAUCACCUACAUGCGUGGGGGAUCCCAGCAGGUGGUGGUGGGGAUAUACCACGUUAGUAGGGUGAGAGGCCUGGAGACUCAACUGGUGUGGGCCAUCUCCAAGGAGACAGCCAGGCUUAGUCCAGAGGGCAUCCCCUACUGUGCCACCAAUGUGCAGUCCAUCACUUGGAUCCAGCGUGUGGCUGGCAGGGUGACCCACUAUGUGUCUCACCUCCGCCACGAGAUGUCUGUGGACGUGACGCUUGGCUUCUACCAGCAGACUGAUGUCUCAGUGGUGUACGCCACUCUCCACAUGGGGCUGGACGGGCUUCUCUCCUCUUCAGCGUGGUCGGAGGCUGCAUCCUUCUCUACGCCCACCACUCAGCAGUUCACUGACCCAGAGCCUGAGGGCCAUUACUGCUAUAAGGGUUGGGAGGAGGACCUGCUGCCUGAGGAGAGGGAGGUUCCUCUGCUAAACCUCUACCUUACCACCAAGAGAGUGGAGGACAUCGCCCUGAGGCUCGUCUCCCUGCGCCAGGCCUUCACUACCCUGCUUGGUUCCACCCUGAGCAGGAACCAUCUGUUUGUGGCGGGAAAGGUCCUACUGGGCGCACUGGUUCAGGCCAACCACAUGGACGAGGCCAAGUUCAUCCGUACCUAUAACGACUUUGUGGACUACCUGAGUGACCCCUCCAAGCGGAAUGACAUUGAGAGGGAGCUGGCUGAGGCAAAGAUCCAUCAUGUGAACAUGAUAGAUGUCCUCUUUGAGCUGUUGCUGUUUGGGAUGAUGACAGCUAAGAAGUCCCUGAUGGUGCACCCCGGUGGGUUUGUGGAGCAUCUGUACGCUCUCCUGUACUCCUUCCUGCCCACUGCUGCCAACAUGGAGCCAGAGGCUGACAGAUACCUGCUGCUGCUCAAUGUAAGAGUCAAGAGGUUACUUCCUGUUUACUUCCAUAUUCUUAGUGUACUUCCUUUUUACUUCCUUAUUCAUGGUUAACCAGGUUCCAAUGUAAUUUUAGGGGGAGUAUUUCUAAUUGUCUCUCUCCUCUUGAUAAGCUAGUAACUCAGAGCCAUUUUCUAUGUGUUGUGUGGUGUUCUCUUCAGGGCGGGCUGAUGGCUCUGCUAGAGGACAUGUUUGGCCAGCAGCUGGCCUGGUACUUUAACCCAGAGCCUCUGGUCACGGAGCUCUCCAGCCUCCUGGAGUACCACUUGGAGAACCUCAUGGCCAGCAUGUAGUCCUACUGCAGGGACCAUACUCCUUUCUCCUUCUCUCUCUCUUUUGAAGGAAUUAAGGACUUGAAGUGCUUUGUUGAUCCCUGAUUAGUUAACACCCAUUAAUUUAAUGUAUUCUCUUGUUUUCUCUCCCCACAGGAUUCUUGUGACACUUUGCCACCCAAGAGGGAUCCAGACACCAAUGCACUACAUUACUUUGCAUUGAAUUUGACAUUUUUAAAUAAAAUAAGUUGUAGUUCAAAAACA